AGAUGUCAAGACGUGGAAAACAAGGUGGUAAGGCUCGGGCCAAGGCGAAGACCCGCUCUUCGCGGGCCGGGCUCCAGUUCCCCGUGGGCCGAGUGCAUCGCCUGCUCCGCAAGGGCAACUACUCCGAGCGGGUCGGGGCCGGCGCGCCGGUGUAUCUGGCGGCGGUGCUGGAGUACCUGACGGCCGAGAUCCUGGAGCUGGCGGGCAACGCGGCCCGCGACAACAAAAAGACGCGCAUCAUCCCGCGCCACCUGCAGCUGACCAUCCGCAACGACGAGGAGCUCAACAAGCUGCUGGGCAAAGUCACCAUCGCUCAGGGUGGCGUUUUGCCUAACAUUCAGGCCGUGCUGCUGCCCAAGAAGAGCGAGAGCCACCAUAAAAUCAAGGGCAAGUAAACUGUAAUACUUGGAUUUUUGGUCUUUUAAAAGUCAACAUUAACCAAAGGCUCUUUUCAGAGCCAACCACAGUCAUUAAAAGGGCUUAUCGUUAUGCGUA